AGGCCGCCCCCUCCCCUUCGUCACCACCGCCGGCGCUCCCUGGUCAGGCUGCCCUCCCUUUCAUCACCAGCGUCGCCGCUCCCUAGCAGGCCGCCCCUCCCCUUCGAAUCAGACCGCAAAAGUGGCCGGGGAGAUCCUCGAGCUCGGCAUGCUCGCGCCAGUGGUAGGCGCCGUUGGAUGCGGACGCGGAGGCUCGGGACUUGCACGCCCUACUCUACCCUGUUCCUUCCAAUCCGGCCCCGAAGUGCUCGAGGAGGCGCUCGAGGUCGGCAUGCUCACCGGCGACGCUGGGUCCCUCCAUUCUCCUGGUUCCCUCACCGUCGCCAACAUGAGCCUCUCCACCCUCUCCCGCGCGAUCGUCCAGGUCUAGCCCCUUCUGGUUGUGAGUGGAUCCAAGAGUUCACAUGAUGCAGUAUCUUUUGAAAGAUGAUACAUUAUCUUCAUAAAAGAAAGGAAGUUGGAGAAGUUAUUACUGAAGAGGAAUUCAGUGGUAUGUGCUUCUCAAGAGCUAAACUGGAACAAGAAGUGCAUGACUCAUGCCUACACUAACUAAUCAGACUUCCCGAAGGAGAAGAAGGAGGUGCGGAAAGAGGAUGGGAGCAACAAAUCUGAAUCAAAGAGGGUGAGAAUUACUUAUCAAUGACUCGGGCAUCAACUCUUGAUUUUCGGCGGAAGACGCAGGGUCAGAACAACUGGUCUGGGCCGUUGCGCCCAGUAAAUGCCAUCAAAAAUAAAUUCCCUACCUACAAGAAUGGUACGAAUGGGAUAGUCAUCAAAUUUGCUGAUGAGCCAGAAACACCAUGACUUAAGGAGUCUGUUGCCAAAGAGACAACAGAUCUGCUUGAUCGGCGUCAGCGUCUUUCAGUCCGCGAGCUCGCAAUGAAAUUUGAGAAGGGCCUCAGUACUGCCACAUUAUUAUCUAAUGAGGUUAAAUGUAAACAAGUGGCUUUAUUGGAGCGAGACAUCCUUCUGAAGAAUCUAAAGAGUGUAUUGGAGUCACUGAGAGGUCAAGUAGCUGGCAAAUAUAAGGAUGAAAUUGAGGAAUCGGUAUCUAUGGUGGAUAUUUUAGCAGUUCAGCUGUCCAAAACAGAAAAUGAGUUGCUUCAGCAGAAAACCGAGGUCACGAGAAUAGCGACUUCACUAAAACUGGCUUCUGAAGAUGCUAGGAGAAUUGUUGACGAAGAACGAACUAAUGCAUGCAUGGAGAUUGAAAAUGCUAGAGCUGCUGUACAAAGAGUUCAAAAAGUACUUAAAGAGAAAGAGAACAGUUCACAAAGAAUUAGAAAGCAGGUAAAUUGUAUAUAAUUUUAUGAGCAGCAUAUUAUCUUGUUUUCUGUACUUUAGUACCAAGCUUACCUGGAACUUAUGCCUGAAUCUGUAUUCCUUAUAUAUUCUUUUAUUUAUGUCAUAUACAAUUACUCCCCUUGACUUCUGUACAGUUUUUCUAUUCAAAACCAGUGGUAGUUUAUUUUAAUUUGACUAUGCAACCUUCUACGUACUGCAUCAUACAGCAACAGAUCUUCCUGCCCAACUUUGCUUUUAUUGCUUGCUUGUCCAGAUGCUGUGCUUUGACACUGUCCUCAAUUUGUUAUACUCAUUGUAUUACUUGCUCUAUCUUGAGAAUGUAGAUUCAUUCGGUUGGGAUAUAGUUGGUAUUAGAGUAUUACAUAUCCAUUGUGAAUAAUUUUA